CCGACGGUCGGGCGCCGGUCGACGGUGGCCGCCGACCCCCCGACGGACCGCCCUCCCCACGACUAGGCGACACCGGCCGGGAAGGACAAGACGCCUCCGGGGCCGGACCGACGGCAGUCACCGUCCAUGGAGCUGGUGUGUCGGGCGGGUCCGGCGUGCCAGGCGGGCGGGCGGCGGCGGUGAUGGCGCAGUUCGACACGGAGUACCAGCGCCUCGAGGCCUCCUACAACGACUCCCCGCCCGGGGAGGAGGAUCUGCUCGUCCACGUGCCCGAGGGCAGCAAGUCUCCCUGGCAUCACAUCGAGAACCUGGACAUCUUCUUCUCUCGCGUCUAUAACCUGCACCAGAAAAAUGGCUUCACCUGCAUGCUCAUCGGAGAGAUCUUCGAACUCAUGCAGUUCCUGUUCGUGGUGGCGUUCACCACUUUCCUGGUCAGCUGCGUGGACUAUGACAUCCUGUUCGCCAACAAGAUGGUAAACCACAGCCAGCACCCCACUGACCCCGUCAAGGUCACGCUGCCGGACGCCUUCCUGCCCACCCAGGUCUGCAGUGCCAGGAUCCAGGAAAACGGGUCCCUCAUCUCCAUCCUGGUCAUCGCGGGCGUCUUCUGGGUCCACCGGCUGGUCAAGUUCAUCUACAACGUCUGCUGCUACUGGGAGAUCCACUCCUUCUACCUGCACGCCCUCCGGAUCCCCAUGGCCACGCUCCCGUACUGCACGUGGCAGGAGGUGCAGGCCCGCAUCGUCCAGACGCAGAAGGAGCACCAGAUCUGCAUCCACAAGCGGGAGCUGACGGAGCUGGACAUCUACCACCGCAUCCUGCGCUUCCAGAACUACAUGGUGGCCCUGGUGAACAAGUCCCUGCUGCCCCUGCGGUUCCGCCUGCCGGGCCUGGGCGAGGCCGUGUUCUUCACCCGCGGGCUGAAGUACAACUUCGAGCUGAUCCUGUUCUGGGGGCCGGGCUCCCUGUUCCUCAACGAGUGGAGCCUCAAGGCGGAGUACAAGCGGGGCGGGCAGCGGCUGGAGCUGGCCCAGCGGCUCAGCACGCGCAUCCUGUGGAUCGGCGUGGCCAACUUCCUCCUGUGCCCCCUCAUCCUCAUCUGGCAGAUCCUCUACGCCUUCUUCAGCUACGCCGAGGCGCUGAAGCGGGAGCCCGGGGCGCUGGGGGUCCGCUGCUGGUCGCUCUACGGCCGCUGCUACCUGCGCCACUUCAACGAGCUGGAGCACGAGCUGCAGUCGCGGCUGAGCCGCGGCUACAAGCCGGCCGCCAAGUACAUGAACUGCUUCCUCUCGCCCCUGCUCACGCUGCUGGCCAAGAACGGGGCCUUCUUCGCCGGCUCCAUCCUGGCCGUGCUCAUCGCGCUGACCAUCUACGACGAGGACGUGCUGGCCGUGGAGCACGUGCUCACCACGGUCACCCUGCUCGGGGUGGCCGUCACCGUCUGCAGGUCGUUCAUCCCGGACCAGCAUUUGGUGUUUUGCCCGGAGCAGCUGCUGCGAGUGAUCCUGGCCCACAUCCACUAUAUGCCCGACCACUGGCAGGGCAAUGCCCACCGCUCCCAGACGCGCGACGAGUUUGCCCAGCUCUUUCAGUACAAGGCGGUGUUCAUCGUGGAGGAGCUGCUGAGCCCCAUCGUCACGCCGCUCAUCCUCAUCUUCUGCCUGCGCCCGCGGGCGCUGGACAUCAUCGACUUCUUCCGCAACUUCACCGUGGAGGUGGUCGGCGUGGGCGACACCUGCUCCUUCGCCCAGAUGGACGUCCGCCAGCACGGGCACCCGCAGUGGCAGUCGGGCGGCCCGACGGAGGCCUCGGUUUACCAGCAGGCCGAGGACGGCAAGACGGAGCUGUCGCUGAUGCACUUCGCCCUGACCAACCCGGGCUGGCAGCCGCCCCGCGAGAGCACGGCCUUCCUCGGUUUCCUCAAGGAGCAGGUGCAGCGCGAGGGGGCGGCUCCGCCCCCGCCGGGGGGACCCCCGCUCCCCGAAAACGCCCUCUUCGCCUCCAUCCAGUCGCUGCAGUCCGAGACCGAGCCGCUGAGCCUUCUCGCCAACGUGGUGGCCGGCUCGUCCUGCCGGGGUCCGGCCGCGGCCCGCGAGCUCCAUGGCUCCCGCCACCGGCCCGAGGUGGGGUCCGCCCUGCGCCCGUUCUCCCCGCUGCAGCCCGCCGGCCGACCCCCCGCUCCUCCUGCGCCCCCCGGAGCCGCCCGCCCACCGGGGGCCAUGACCGGCUCGGGGGUGGACGCCCGGACGGCCAGCUCGGGGAGCAGCGUGUGGGAAGGGCAGCUGCAGAGCCUCGUGCUGUCGGAGUACGCGUCCACGGAGAUGAGCCUUCACGCCCUCUACAUGCACCAGCUCCACAAGCAGCAGGCCCAGGCGGAGCAGGAGCGGCACGUGUGGCAUCGGCGGGCGAGCGACGAGAGCGGGGAGAGCGCCCCGGAGGAGGGGGCGGACGCCCCGCGGACCCUCGCACCCAUUCCCCGCUCCGCCAGCUACCCCGCCGCCGCGCCCCGGACCCCCGCCAACGCCGCCCCCGAGACCGCCUCCCUCCAGGGCCCUUUCCAGCGCCGCUACGGCGGCAUCACCGAUGCCGGCCGGGCGUCCACCCAGUCGUCGCGGCUGCCCCUCGGGGGCUGGGCGGAGGACGGGCAGGCGGCCGCCGCCCACCCCGAGCCCGUGCCCGAAGAGGGCUCCGAGGACGAGCUGCCCCCGCAAGUGCAGAAGGUGUAACUGGAGCUGAGGAGACCGGUCCCGCUCCACCCCCUCCACCCCGGAGCCCCUCGGCGGGGGGCUAGCGUUGCCCACCCACCGC